AUUCCACCUCAUUUUCCUCAGGCAGCGAUUUCCAUAGCGAAGGCGUUUUUUGGUGCUUUGAUCCUGAAUCAAACGCCACCAAAAACAUAAAUUAAAAAAAAAAAAAAAAGUACCUAAAGAAUCGCAAUGGAGAUGAAGAAGAUCGCCUGCGCUAUUCUCUUCGUUGCCGCAACCGUCAGCGCCGCCGUAGCUGAAGAUAAGGCGUUGGCUCCAGCACCUGGACCAAGCAGCGGCGCCGCCAUUGGUCUCCCGGCAAUUGGGUCUCUGGUCGGUGCUUCGUUGCUCUCCUUCGCCGCUUACUACUUGUAAUGUAAUGAUGGAUUUGAUAGUGGGGAUAUUGGAGGAGAGUGAAAUGGAAUGAUGAUAGAUUUGGUUGAUAUGCAUUUUAUAUAUAUAAUGGGAGGAAGAAGAAUUUUAUUGUUGUUCUA